AUGNAAAAAACGGCAGAAAAUACAAUAGAGAUAUACGACAACUGCACGAAUAUUCUGAUCAAACCCGAGGUUUUAAAUGUAGUGAGAAGUGGACAGUCGUAUGGAAACAGGACAUGCGAUACCAUCAUACAGACCACUCCCAGUAACCGGACACUCACUUAUCAGAUCCACUACAAAAACAAUGAUAUCGUCAAUCAAACCAUUAAUACCACGACCUUUGCAUCCAUUAGUAAUGGAUAUCUAAUAUUGACCGACAGUGCCGUCAUAACUACCGGUCCCCUGUCAGGCAAAACCUACUAUGCCAUCAGAUAUUACAAUAACUCUGACUUUUAUGAAUGCAAUAAAGAGCCGGGUCUACAGAAUUUGCGUCAAUUAUAUGGCAUUUUAUAUUUCGUUCGCACAAACAAUCUGAACGGACUGUUCAGUUGUACCGGCUCUGGUUUCAACCGUUUUCACCCUGGUAUUCUGUUCGCUUAUGUUGAUUCUGAGAACUCCAUGAGUUGGAUACAGUCUGGCAAACAGUUAGCAAUGGACUUCCUUCCCUACCUAUACUACCCGUAA